ACUCUUGAAGAGUGUAGACUGCGGGCCCCUAAUUUAUGUUAAUCCUACAAUAUUUAAAAAAGAAAAAUAGAAAAAAAUUGAAAAACCUCUCCCUCUCGCAUCCGGCCAAUCCCUAGACCGCGCCCGGCGCGUUCCGCAACCGAGCCACCGUACCGCCCGCCCAGCCACCGCGCCGCCCACCGUCCGGGCUACGCUGGCUGAGAAAACCGGGUAUUUGCCAUAGUUAAAGGUGGAUUCUCGAAAAUUCUUCUGCAUCGCAGCUCUUCUCCUCUCGUCGGCCGCCGCCUCCCGUCUGCACUCAUAUACAGCUUAGGCGGUUACGUUUAUUCUCAAAAAAUUAAAGGAAACUAGUUGUGUUUUAAACUAUGAUUUCUGCGGGAUUACAAAUUGAUCGUGAAUAGCCAAUUCACGCAAUCAGCCCCUUUGGAUCCGCGGGCAAUUCACAUUCUCUUCUCUUCCCCUUUGAUUAUACAUAUGAGUUUAGCAGAGGACUCACCCGUCCACUCUUCAAGCAGCGAUGACUUUGCAGCAAUUCUUGAUGCGGAGCUGGAUGCUGCUUCUAAUUCUUCAGGCGAUUCUGAAGAAGUUGCAGAAGAAGAGGAGAGUAGCGAGGAAGACGAUGACAGAAGUGACUAUUUGGAGCUUGAGAGAGUUAAAAGGCAGAAGGUGGAGUUAGACCCAGGCAUAAGAAAUCCACAGAGCUCCUCAUCUCAAGGGGCAUCGUCGGAAAUUAAAGUGUCAUUGCCCGAGGAGGAAAUCUGUCCACAUCCUGGGUUUUUUGCUGGAAUGUGCAUGAAAUGUGGGUUACGAGUGGAUGAUGAUUCUGCUGUUGCACUGAAAUACAUUGAUAAGAAUCUGAGGCUUGCUAAUGAUGAGAUGGCUCGACUACGUGACAAAGAUUUCAAGGAUUUGCUUUGUCAUAGAAGAAAGCUAUAUUUGGUCCUUGAUUUAGAUCACACGCUACUCAAUUCAUCUCGGCUAAUUGAUAUUAAAGAGGAAGAAUCAUAUUUAAACAGCCAAAGAGAUGCUCUGCCAGAUACCUUGAAGACCAGCCUGUUCAGACUGGACAGGAUGCACAUGAUGACUAAGUUGAGGCCAUUUGUACACACUUUCUUGGAAGAAGCUAGUAAAUUAUUUGAAAUGUACAUAUAUACCAUGGGUGAACGUCCCUAUGCAUUGGAAAUGGCGGAUCUACUUGACCCUGGAAAUAAAUACUUCCAUUCCAGAAUAAUCGCACAAGGUGAUUGCACUCAGAAGUAUCAAAAGGGUCUUGAUAUUGUUUUGGGGCGAGAAAGCGCUGUCCUCAUCCUUGAUGAUACAGAAGCGGUAUGGAAAGAGAACAAGGAGAAUUUGAUAUUGAUGGAUAGAUAUCACUUUUUUGCCUCAAGUUGUAAGAAUUUUGGCUUUAGCUAUAAAUCACAUUCUCAACUAAAAACCGAUGAAAGUGAGACUGAGGGGGCUCUGGCCACUGUUCUAAAGGUUCUUCAGCAAGUACACAGUUUGUUCUUUGACAAGGAACGCAAGGAUAAUCUAGAGGACCGAGAUGUGAGACAGGUGCUAAAAACUGUUCGGAAGGAAGUUUUGAAGGAUUGCAAAAUAGUCUUCACGCGUGUUAUCCCAAUCAACUUCACAGCCGAGCACCACCACUUGUGGAGAAUGGCAGAGCAACUGGGAGCUACAUGUUCAACUGAAAUCGAUCCAUCUGUCACACACGUGGUGUCUGGGGAUGCUGGGACAGAUAAAUCGCGCUGGGCCGUGAGGGAGAACAAGUUUCUGGUCAACCCGGGGUGGAUCGAGGCUUCCAACUUUUUGUGGAGAAAGCAGCCUGAAGAAAAAUUCCCUGUUAGUCCUGCUAAGUGCAAACAAUAGACGAGGUCAGUCACAGUCUCGGCCUUCGUAUCUAACCUAUGCUUUGUUUUCUAACCUACUGAUACACUAUAUAAGUUAGAAUAGACCAACCUAGUGUUAAAAGGGCAAUGUUUUGGAAUGGCUAACACACUUUGAUUUACAUCAGAUUGAAGAUUUUGUAAUGUCCAGAUAGAUCAUUGAAUCAUAGCCUUUGUCUGAAGAUUUUGUAGCAUCGAUAGGAAUCGAUGAGUUUGAAUCAUAGCCUUUGUCUAUAGUAAUUAAGUUGUUUGUUUA